UAAAGGUAACUAAGCAAGUGCUAUGGUGUGACAGUCAAAUCGUAUUAAGCUGGUACAAAUCGAAUAAGCUGUUAGUACCGUUUGUAGCACGAAGGAUAGAAGAAAUCAAACGUAAUAAAGAUUUGGAUAUGAGGUACAUUCCAUCUACAUUAAAUCCAGCGGAUGUGGCAACGAGGCCUCUCAAGUCAAAAGAAGAAUUAACCAAAUGGCUAAACGGUCCAGCAUUUUUGUUACAAGAUCCAACUACGUGGCCAAGUUCACCCGUAGUAGAGAAUACUCUUUUGACGCGGGAGGGUCUCUCGAAUCAUAACACACAAGCAUCUGAAGAGAAGAUUACAGAAUUAGCAAGUGAAAAGGAAAUAGUUACAUCAAAUAAAGAAGACAUAAUGACAGAAAUAUCAGAUAAAGAUCAUCUUGCACAAACGAAUAUAAAUAAUAAAAUAAAGUCAGAAGUACAAGAGAUAAUAAAAGUCCAAAAACAAUACUUCCCGGAGGAAAGUGGUGGCAAAAGAACACACCUCACUAGAAACUUAGGACUAUUUACCGACAUAGAUGGAGUACUUAGAUCUGAAGGACGUUUGACACAUUCAGACUUGUCAUAUGAAACAAAACAUCCAAUCUUAUUACCUAAAAAUUGUGAAUUUACCAAUAAGGUCAUAAAAAGAAUACAUGAAGAAAAUUAUCAUGUAGGAGUACCACAUACAUUAAGUAAAGUGAGACAACGGUUUUGGAUUCCACAAGGUAGAGCACAAGUUCAGAAAAUCAUAAAUAAAUGUCCACAAUGUGUAAAACACGGAGGAGGAGCUUACACUUUACCCAACACACCUGCUUUACCUCCAGAGAGAGUAAAAUAUGAGACACCUUUUACUUAUGUUGGAAUGGAUUACUUCGGACCUAUGGUAGUCAAAUCAGAUAAAAGUCAAGAAAAACGUUGGGUCUGUUUAUUCACUUGUUUAGUGGUACGUGCCAUUCACCUUGAGAUAGUAAAAGAUAUGUCUACGGAUGAAUGUUCUUUGGCGUUUCGAAGAUUUGUUGCAGCUAGAGGAACUCCUUCAAUAAUAGUGUCGGAUAAUGCACUUCAAUUUAAACUACUGUCGGAAGUAGUGACUGGAAUUAAUUCAUCAUCAAAAGGAGUACAAUGGAAAUUUAUUCCUCAAUUAGCACCCUGGCAUGGGGGAGUGUAUGAACGCUUAGUAGCGAUAGUGAAACAUUGUCUUAAGCGAACCCUUGAAAAACAUUUACUAGGAGACAAUCAGCUGUUAACAAUCAUCAAAGAAGUACAGGCCAUAGUAAAUACUAGACCUUUGACUUAUGUAGGAAAUGAUCAAGGACAUAUUUUAAAACCGGCGGAUUUUCUGACACCUGGAAGGUGUAUUAAUAUUGACAAUUUAGAAGAAAGGAUCUCAUCUUCAAGUACCUCUACUAAGCAACAACUGUUAGAAGGUUGGAAGAGAGGUGAAAUGAUUAUGAAUGAAUAUAAAGACAUGUUUAUAAAUCAAUACCUACUGAGUUUAAGAGAACGAUAUAAUCAUUCACCAAAACAAGCUAGAGUAAAAGCAAAAAUUGCGCCAUGCAUUGGUGACAUUGUACAGAUCAAAGGAGAAAGUAAAAACAGGGGAAAUUGGAAAGUGGGUCGUAUAACAGAGCUACUUAAAGGAAUAGACGGAUUAUGUAGAGUAGCAAAAGUAAAAGUGGGUGAGGCAAUAUUCACAAGGUCUAUUGCACAUUUGUAUCCCCUAGAAGCAGAAGAGUCUCUGUUAUCUGAAGACCUCAUGAAAGAUCAAUCGUGUAUCAAACAAUCGUUAAACUCACCAUAUGGUAGCAAUAACCUAGAUCAAGAAUUGUCAUUAAAAAUAAGAGAACCUAUGAUUUCAUCAGAGAAUGAAAUAGAUAGAGCUAUAAUUAACGAAAUGGAUGUAACGAAGCAUAAAGAAGUAAUGGACGAUACAGAGAGGCAUGAGGACAUAGAUAUGUUAAAUGAUGAUGAAAUAAUGGAUGGUUCAGAUGAGAUAAGCCACAUGGACAUCUCAGAUGAAAUGAUAGAAAGUUCAACAGAAGUAAACGAAGUGAUGGAAGACCAUGAGCAAAAGGAAAUACAGGAAGAGUCGAUGACUGGAAAGGGAAACCAUAAGAGGGCAGCGGCGGUUCAAGCAAUGAAAAGAAUAAAAGAUUGGACGCGCCACUUAAUGCUCACCUUAACUCAACAUUAAUUUUCCUCGACGGGUGUGUCGCGACAUAUCGCGAAUCACCUACUAUAAAAAACCUUCCUUCCGUUUCACACUGUCUAUGGCCCAGCUGUUCUACUAAUAUGGUCAUCACAAAGUACAAAGAGGAGCGCACAUGGAGAUUGCAGCCGUGGAAGUAAAAUUAUCAG